AUGGCGUCCAAAAACAGCGCUUCGACCUCGGGUGCACCAACUUCAUCAUCGGCCGCGGCAACCAGCACCAGUGGGGCCGGCAGCGACUUGCACCAAACCAUCCAACUCCCGGGACUUUCCCUCCAGUACUCGGCCGCUCUCAAGGGCUACGUACUGACCCAAAACAAUGGUGUUCCGGCCACAAGCAGCGAGGAGGGCGCCGCGAUCAACCCCGCCGAUCUGGCUCAAUUCUUGAGCUUUGGUGGGGCUGCAGCUCCCUCGAUGCCACAGGCCUCCAUGGCUUUGUCCAACGCUGGUCUCGGCAACUUGGGUGGCAAUAUGCUUCCAAGCCCUCUGAUGGCAGCCGGGUCCUUUGGCGCCCACCUCGGAAAUGCCCAGGCAGAUCUGGCCUCGCAACAGCGCCACGCCUUUCGCAUGUCGCAACAUGGUCUCGGAAGCCUCGGCCAGGCCUCACCGCUCCUGCGCCCCAUGAACGGCGGGCUCCAGCUUUUUGUCAACCCCGCCAUGCCCGGCCAAAGCACGAUGGAUGCUCUCAUGGACCAGGCCGGCGCCGGCGGCAUGGGCAUGAACGAAGCGCUCAAGCAGAGCCAAGAUCGCGGCUCAUCCCGGCGAGUUGAAGUUGAGGCCAGCGGCGGAGAGGAAAUGAUGCCUCGCAUCGCCUUCAAGGCAGCUGUCCAGCGUCUGCAGGGUGAAAAGAAGCUGGUAGCCGUGACUCUGACCUACUCGGAACAAAGCUGCUUUGCCUACAAUCAAGGUGGCGUGACGCGAGCGCGAAGCGGCGGCAGCCGGACUAAAUCGGCACCCAAAUACGUCAAGAUCCCUCAGAUUCGCUGUGAUCGCGUGCCUGCCUCAGUGGCAACUUUGCGUGUGGAACUAGUCGUGCUCAAGUACCUGGAUCGCGCACAGACCAAGGGUCAACACCCCGAACCCGACCGUCAACCCGUGUUGUACGCCAUCACACCCAUGCAAACAACGCUCGAGAAGAGACGUUGGGUUUUGGGCCACGACGAUCAUCUGGGCGCAUCCAAGUGUGCCUGGCGCUUUACCUUCCUAGACAGCCGCGAACAGAUUGUUGACGUGUUCACCACCCCUGGCUUUCUUCUCAACUGCAACCGUACACAACAACGCUAUACGGCUGCCAUGCAGGCGGCCCAGCGCUACAUCAUGGAGCAUCAGCCCCUACAGCAGGACUACUUUCUGCGUGAAGAUGCCUCCCGCUUACUGUCACUUUACAAGAAGACGGAAGAUGAUACCUACUAUAUUUUUAACGAUGCGCUGGUUGACCUCAAGCGCCGCAUCUCUUUGGUCAAGCUGGAGGAACUCCUCUACGUGCUGCCACGCAAGCGUCCUGGCGCCAAGCGCCGCAAGCCCGUUAAUUCAACCCCCGACGACGUGGCUCACCGCUCCCUCAACACCCUUCCCCUGCUGCCUGAAGGCACCACCCCCAAGCGAUCUCGCGCCUCAGAUCGUUCGCGCCAUGGAGCCCAGGCCAUGACACCGGAAGAUGCAUCGGCCGUCUCCCGCUUGCUGAACUUGCGCCAGGUUGAGGAGCGUGGACAACGGCCUGAUCCACUCAAGCCGCUCAACCCCAAUGCAGCUUCGAGCGCCAGUGGCACGACACUUGGCACCUCUCCGCUCAAACCGCCGGAAGCACGGCCCAACCCACUGCGCCCGGUGCGCCAGCGCUUGAACAUGGAUCCACACGGGAUGGAGCACAACUCGCCUCUGGUCCCACCGCGCGCCUGGGAAGGCAAUGCCGCGAUGGGGACGGACAACCCAAUGGGACGUCGGGAGCACAUGCGCGAUGCUGAAGUUGGCGAGCUGCUGCUCAAUUUGCACAACAAUGGAACGCCCACCCGCAAGCACCCAACCACCGGCUUUCCCGACCCAGAGCCCGCCCUGGGUGGUCCGCCGAGCAAAAGUCAGACGACACCGGAACAUGACCAUGAACGACCCAUCACCUUACCCUCGGCCUCAACUACCGCGGCUACGUCCGCGUCUCGAAGUGAGCCGGCCGAUGCUAAGGCCGGCUCUCGACCAGGGUCGGCCGAUGCGACACCACCCUUGAAGCGAGGCCCCGUACCCCAUAAAGCAUGA